AUGUCUCAACAGUUUGGACUCGAAUCGGGUUGUCUGUCAUCGAAUCAGAUCGGAGACGCUGGGGCUCUUUCCAUCUCAGAAGCACUCCAAAAAAAUACGACUUUGCAAAUUCUCAAUUUGGAGAAGAAUCAGAUCGGCUAUGUGGAGGAAACGGUACUGCGCCACAGUAUCCGUCCAACUUUUCAGUUACACAUUGCGAAUCAGUGGCGAUUUGGUUCCGUUCGAUGCCAGGAAGUUCGCGUGGUCGUGCUUGGAGAUCCUUCAGUCGGCAAGACCUCGCUUGUUACUGGAAGCGCCGACGGUUACGUGCGACAGGCGUUCUCCAAUAUGUUCAGCAUUGCCAAUUCCACCGAUGGUAUUGAUAUUUCGACAGUCGUUCUGCGUGAGAAAGACGAAUCCAUGAUUUUGAUCGUUUGGGAUUUCGCUGGUCAAGAAGUCUAUCUGGUUUCGCACCAGUUCUUUCUUCGAGAACGAACAGUCUACCUGGUCUUGUUUGACGUGCGUGAAGACUUGUCACUCCAUUCGCGCCUUGCCUUUUGGCUCCGCAGCUUGCACGCUUGCGUUCCAAACGCCGAUAUCAUUCUUGUUGGAACCCACAUUGAUGAUCCGUCAUACACUUCGGAGCGGCAGCAAGAGCAAAAACAAAAUCUUGCCAAUCUGCUCAGCAGCCUGAAAAAAUCAAGUGUUUCGUUUAACGUGCGUUCGACCGUCUACAUUAACGCGCGGAACUCUACGGGGGCCCCGAGCAUGCCGGAACUCAAGAGUGCAUUGUUUCAAGCCGGACAAAACAUGCCGUUUUACAAUCAACCGGUGGAUGGCCGGUACAUCCGGUUCAGAGACUCUCUACGGAAGCGAGCCGAUCAGUUGGUCGCCCAGAACAAACCGCCCCUCUGUCGAUGGCAUGAAAUUGUCGAGCUUGGCCAGUCACUGCGUCUCAGCGGGCGAGCCAUCGAUGCAUUCAUGGAGCUCUUGCGUUUUCAAGGCUGGGUCGUUUUCCAUCGUCUCGCCAAUUCAGCGACCCCAGACACGUCCAAUGUUCCCGCGCUGCAACCUGCCACUCUCCUCGCUUCUUUGGACGAUAUAGUCAUCUUGAACCCUCAAUGGUUCACGAAAACAGUCCUGACUGGGGUAAUAACCCAGAAGCCUAAAGAUCGAUGGGUCAAGGAUGGCAUUGUGACUCGUGCAAAUCUGCUUCGAAACGCUUGGAAGGGCAUCGAUUCUGCGAUUUGUGAUCAGUUUGUGCUGCUCCUUCAGCGAUACGAGCUUUUGUACAAGAUGAGCGAUGCCGAUCAGACUGGAACCGAUUCUGCUUCAAGCGCCGAAACUCGCUAUGUCAUCCCUUCGUACCUCCCAGCUUACGAGUUUGACUCUAGUAGAUGGUCAUUGAAGCCUGAAGCGAGCGAGCCGCACGAAGUUGCCAUUGUGAUGGAGACAAAGUUUCUGCUGGAAGGAUUUUUCUCGAGGCUGGUUGUGCGCUUUCACGAGCGGAAAUUCAGUUUGACAGCGUGGAAAGAUGCUGUUCUGGUCAAUUGCGACGGUCCUCGAGCGCUCCUGCGUGUUCAUCGCAACGAUUCCAAUGUGCGCCUCGAGUUUACCGCUCGCGGGAAGCAUCCAGAGAGGCUGCUUCCAACUCUGAUUGAGAUUCUUGACACGCUCAGCUCGGAUUGGUAUCCUGGAAUUUCAUGGGAAACUUAUCUGCGCUGCCCCAUGCACGAGCCUGAUGACAAUCAAGCAUGCAGGUUGACGCUACGACCUCGAGUUCGUGAUGCGGUCAUUAACAGUAUGAUUUUGUCAUGUUUGCACAAGCACAUCACGCUACCAAAGGAGGAAUGGCUUCCAGUUCUCCACUCGCUGUUGCAGCGUCGCUUGAAAGCGGUUUCACAACCCACACCGGAGGAUGUCGAAGCGCUACGGCAGCUCGAACCGCAACCAGCACCGGCGAGCGAGAUCCAAAGAGCAGCGACGGAAGCUGCAUCACUUGUCGCAGCUCAACUGCAAACGCAGCUUCAAGAGUUUGCGACUUCCAAUGCGCAACAUUUUACCAACUUUGCGACUGAAGCAGCAAGGAACUUGAAGAGUUUCCGGGACGCUCUGGAUGUUCUUAUUGGAUCAAUUCCAAAUGUGGUCAAAACCAAUUCUGUCGAGUUCGACAAAGUUCUGAAGCGCAUUGAUGAGCUUGCCGACAGCUUGAUUUCGCGGCUGGACACGGCAGAAUCUUUGCAAAAGGAGCAGAGAAACGAAAUCGCUCGUUUUUUCACGAGUCAAGUCCAAAUGCAACUGGAUUUGCUGGACAAACCAUGCCCCUUGUUGUUUGUCGUGAUGCCUCCGGCUGCGACCCGGAACUGGUUUUCCAAGCUCAAAGAACUUUACAAGUCACGCCACACUGCGCACCUGCUAUGCGCUCACAUGGGUACCAACAACCAGCCAGAGUGGCAUCGUAUCGACAGUCAUCCCGGCUACGAAAUUGCCAAGUUUUCAAAGUGGCUGAAAAAGUAUGGUUCCCGUGUUCGCAGCCUGCUUGAGUUUGUGCGUCCGUUCUUGAAAGCAGCCAGCUUUGUUCCUGGUGCACCAGAUGUAACGGAUGCUGUUGAUUCAGCCAGUACUGCUUUGGAAGACCCGCUCGAAGCUCUGCCCUACUUGCAAAGAUUGCUCGACCACGCCGAUCAGAAAAAGAGUUCCAGCGCCAAAGGGAAACCAGCGCCUGCAUCUGCUGCUUCCUCAGAAGUCACACACUCGUCCCAAGAGGCGGCAAGGGAAUGGGCUGCUUUCCUGUCCAAGAACGACGAGUACAAGUCCUUUGCCGGUUUGGAGCGAGCUGUUGUGCUCGACGGUGGUGAGGUUCGUUGGGUGUGUCCGACGCAUGCGCAAGAGCCCAUCUAUCGCACCAGCUCCAUUUCGAGCAGCUCGUCCGCCGGGUCCUCUAGCACCGCUACAAGCAGCUCUUCCAGUGGCAACGUUGCUAGCAGCUCUUCCAGUGGCAAUGCUACAAGCAGUUCCUCCGCGCCAUCCAUUUCAACACCGUGA